CAGUAGCGUUUCUUGUCGUCAUUCAGGUUGGCUGCCAUAUUGUUUGGGAAUAUUACACUCCAAAUCGCUCUACUUCUACCUUCAGAAUCCCUAUUUUACCUUAGUCUUUUUAGUCAAUGAAUAAAAAUGUCCAAAGCAGAGCAAGUGGUUCAGCUUGAGCCGUCUACAGAGCUACGAUUCCGAGGGCCAUUUACAGAGGUGGUUACUUCGACUCUUAAGAUUACAAACCCUACUCAAAAACGUGUGUGUUUUAAAGUGAAGACAACGGCUCCAAAGAGAUACUGUGUUCGUCCAAACAGUGGAAUAAUCGAAGGGAAUGGAUUCGUGGAAGUAGCAGUAAUGCUUCAGCCAUUUGAAUAUGACCCAAAGGAGAAAGCCAAACACAAGUUCAUGGUUCAAACAAUGUUUGCUCCAGAAACAUUCACUGAUCAAGAAAGUUUGUGGAAAGAUGCAGAACCAAAUAGUUUGAUGGAUUCCAAACUAAAGUGUGUUUUUGAGAUGCCUUCAGAUGCUCCUGCCACAACACCUGUCGAAAAUAGUGAUACAUCAACAAAGGAAACUCCUCAGGCAGGUAAAACCAGUUAUGGUAAGAGUGARCCUUCAGCAAGUCCAGAACCAAGCUCAGCUAGUGGCAACCCAGUACGAUCACCAACAGUACAACAUGUCAGGAAUAGCUCAUCUCCUGAACAAUUCUCUGAUACUUUAAAGACACCACAGCCAAAAGAGGACAAGAAUGACAACGAAGAAUUAGUAAAGCUGCGACAAGAGAAUGUCCGUUUAGCGGAGGAAUCUUUAAGACUGAGAAAAAACUUGGCYAACCAGGAAACGAAAGUCCCACCUGUCCAAAUGUAUCGAGCCCCACCCAGAACAGAUAACUCAAUGGUCGUAGGRCUACCUAUUCUUUACGUAGUAUUGGCGCUUCUUCUUGGAGUUAUCGUGGGCAAGUUCAUCCUUUAGAGGUUGCUGUGAGGACUGGACUCUAGCUAAGGAUUGUUUAAUCAAAUACAAGCAAAAUUUAAAUGGUCAUUUCAUGAAGUACAAUUUUUAAAAUGAACAGAAAAAGAGAGGUUUAAAAAGCGGUGGUAGGAAUAUUCCAGAGUGUUUUUGGAUCAGUGUCAACCAUGUUAUAAUAUCAAGUAUACAGGGUUCGUGCUACUCCUUAAACUCCUUGAAAACUCCUUGAAUUUAAUUCACGUUUUUAAGGGCACUUGAAAAGCUCUUGAAUUUUAUGAUUUUAGCGAAACUCCUUGAAAACUCCUUGAAUUUUUGCUUCAAUCAUUGCUUGUAUGGUUCUGCAUUAGAUCAAGUCAGAAAGAAUGGAAAAUCUGAAAGUCGGCCAUGUGCAACCACUGUGUAAAACCUUGGCAUAAAGUUUGCUAAACAUACUCCUUGAAAAUUCAUUUUUGGGUCCUUGUAUACUCCUUGAAUAGUCCUUGAAUUUUAAGUGRUUACCUCAGCACGAACCCUGAGUAUAGUCUGAUUGACAAACAGUACUGUUUACACCUAUUUCAAGAAAGGUUGUCUGCGCUAACCAGGAGUUAGACAAUAGCUCGCUCCAAGACGGAAAGGAAUUGUGGGUAUGCAACUGAGCUUGAAUAAUCAACGUGUUUACUGUGGUUUAGGAUAUUCUGUGAACUCAGUGUAGCUUAAAAUUAGUUUUUUGUUUCGCCGCUGUCAAACAUAAAUAACCAGUCGGUACCUUCUCUGUACUUGAUUAGCUGCAGUAAAAAAACAAUUUCACAAUAAGCCGUUGAAAUGUCUGAUUUCGCACAAUAUCAAAAUCAGCAGUAAUGGUUCUACAACUACAAACAACACUGGAUAUCUUGACAGUAGUAUAACCUCCAUUUUAUUGACAAGGACAAUCAUAAGAAUCACCAGGAGUGUAGCCAUUGCCUUUCUCCUAUAGCUUCGACAACCUAUUUUGAAAUAGUUAUAUAUAUAUAUCAAGACGUCUGGGAGCCAUAGGAGACCGCUUCAGUCUCAACCAACUUAUUAUUAACAAAUUAUUUUGCAGAGUUUAAAAUGAAUGUAUUGGUAAACUUGAUGAAAAUAAGAUGAAUUUCCUGUGAGUGGGAAGCUUGAUAUAGAUAUGUAUAUAUACACCACAGUCUAAAUAUGGCGUUUGGACAGGUGAAAACGAGGCAUCCAAGGCCAAAUUUACAGUAUUUUAUGAUUUGAAGCGUGGAAAUUGUUGUUUUGCUGAAUGUAAGUAGGAAAGAAAGAGAGAAAGCGUAUUAUUUCUUUGCGUUUGGCCCGGGAUGCAUCGUUUUCAUGUAACUCACUUGGCCGUGCGCCAUUUUGGAUUUGGAGGUGUAUGUUUCUAUGAUAAAACGCAAGUCCUGCAUGUUCCCGCUCCUGCCUUGUCCAAUCACCGGACRAGAAGCAAUCGUUUUGUAUAGACCUUUUCUGAAAUAGCGAACAUGGUGCAUUAUGGUCUAGUUUCAAUACGAACUGCUUUUCAUCAUGCCUUAUAUGGUGUUGUUUGUACCGAACCUAGACCACAAUGCAUUCUGGUUAUCGAACUCUUAAAAGAACUAUAGGAAGAGUGCAUGUUGCAUGUUGCAAAUCGAAAUCCGAAAUGCACUAUGGGCGAUUUGAAUGCAAACAGCAAUAGCUUAUAACACUAUGGAGUUUUUCAAAACUUUGUCUGCACGCUUUUCUGGCAUAUUUUUCGUGGUGACAUUAAUGGGCCUUUCAUACGAAAGUACAAGACUAUCAUGGAUGUGAGGCAAACAUGGAAAUAAAUGCCAUAUUCCAUAGAAAAAGAGUGAUUUCUUUUGUGAUUUCUUGUUAGCCUCGCAUCCCUGAUACCAUUGAGAAGGGUCCACUAGAAAUGUGUGCAAAACAUUUAAAGCUUGGUAAACAUCGUGCAACAUGCAACACAAUUUUCACCAACACUGUUUCAAAUAGAUGUAUCUUAUUUGACUAAAUGGCGCUAAAUCUGCCCUGCCCUAUAAUGAUACAUCGGCUAGCCCACUCAUAGGAAACCUAUCCUCGUGUUUAAAUCAUCCAUACAGACUGCAAAGAAACUGACUGUUUUAGUUGAUGUUAAAAGUAGCUCUCUAGGCAUGUAACUCUUGCAUUCCAAACAUUCUAAAUUAGYUUAAACAACGAUUAAUAAAUUGAAAUGUUGUAAAUUUAAAUAAACUUCCGGUAAUGACAUUUAAGUGUAAKGUUUUCCCAUUUCAAACAACGAGUCAUUCUCAAGAAUAAGAUUCUACGUUGCAGUUAUAUCCAUAUGUCUUCUUAUUUGCAACCGUUAAACAAGGAAAUGAUACUCUAGGGAAUGACACGUGGUCUGGAAUGGGAAAACAUUACGCCCAAGAUAAAAGUGUCCAGUAUUAAGAGAGUCUUGAUGCAUGGGUUA